AUGCUAACACGUGGUGUCUUACUGAUGCUGAUCCUUGCAGAACCAACUCAAGCCGCUUUUGCUAUCGAUAUAGCCAUUUGUCAGGAUUCAGCUUAUGAACUAUGGAAACAGGAGAUGAUCAAAGUCAGAGAUGAUGUGAUCUUUAUACACGAGUGUCAAAUCUAUGCUGGAGAAAUGGUGUCACUGGAAGUUUCUAGAAUGUCUAACAGCCUAACCAUGCUACUUAAUGUCGCGCAUCUCGUACUUGGAAAACUUAAUAUCUGCAACAGUGGAGCACUUUAUUGUUAUGAAACGAAACGCAUACCCACGAUUGUGGGUGCUAGCCUGAGAGGAAGCUCAGCCUUGAGCUUCAAAGGCCACAAAUUGCUUAAGUUUGGAGCUGACGCUCGUUCAAGUCCAUGUCCACCAAUGUUAAGAUAA